CUUUUAAACGAUAACAGAACAAUUCCAGCUCUACCAACACUUCCUUCUCUCACUGCAAAUUCAAAUGGACUUCUUCAAUCAAUUUUGUAAUUUGUAUCCAUUUCCGUCGGAUUCCCAUUCUGUCAGCACGCCAGAGAGUUCUUCAGCGUCGGACUGGCAGACCCGGAGGACCAUCCAAUCCGACGAGGAAGUUCUGCUGGCGUCGGAUCGGCCUAAGAAGCGCGCCGGUAGGAGGAAGUUUAAGGAGACACGGCACCCGGUGUACAGGGGAGUGAGGAGGAGGAACGGGAACAAGUGGGUGUGCGAGCUGCGGGAGCCCAAUAAGAAGUCGAGAAUAUGGCUGGGGACGUAUCCAACUGCCGAGAUGGCUGCCCGGGCGCAUGAUGUUGCUGCAUUAGCGUUUAGGGGCCGGAAGGCCUGUUUGAAUUUUGCUGACUCUGCGUGGAGUUUGCCCGUGCCAGUUUCGAAGGACUCCAUGGAGAUUAGGAGGGCAGCAGCUGCAGCAGCAGAGGCGUUCCGGCCUCAGGAGUUUCAAGACCAUUCAAGUGGAGACGCAAGGAAGGAAAGUGUGGAGGCUGCUGAAUCAGUUGCUAGAACUGACAGGAGGCCAGAGAGCAUCAAGACCUCGGCCCAGAACCUCUUGUUAACGCGUGAAGAGUUGAUUUUUGAUACAGCAGGGUUGCUUAUCACCAUGGCUGAAGAGCCCCUACAUUCUCCACCUCCUUGUUUGGGGGACGGUUUCAUGUGGGAGGAUGUUGAACUUGACGCUGAUAUGUCACUAUGGAGUUACUCAAUUUGAUGAGAGUAUGAUAAAGGGUGCUACUCAUAUUUUUGAUUCUUUGUUAUAUUUUAAACCUAUAUGUAGAAAACUAGUUAAAUUUGAUUCAAUUGGAUACUAUAACAGAUUCUUUGUACUCA